UAUUCAUAGCACACAUCGGCGCGUGUGGCAGCGGGAACAGCACACAGGGGGACACAGGGCGGUCUCGCUUGAGUCUCCUCCUCGGAAAUCUCUGUGAAUGAGAGAGCGGAUCGUAUGUGGGCCACAGACUAUGUCCAUGCCGGGCCCCGAUACCCUGGAACAAGCGUCAGGGCCCGCCACAAAUGGCGACGGACAGCUUUUACCUCCCGGCCAAAGCGAAGAAGCUCCCGUCGCUACGGGCAUUACGCCGUAUCCGUCGCCCCUCUCCACCUUUCUGACGCGCAGCGAGCUCGUUCCCUUCGUUCUGGAGCUUGAAAAGUCCCUGCUGGUGUCUAGGGAACAUGACUAUGCAAAGGCCCCCGACAGGCUCGCUGUUCUACAGGCUACUGCUCUACUAGAACGGAGAAGCGAUGGAGCUAUCACUCAUAACAGUGGCAGUGGGGUUGAGGCUACGACGGAGAGCUCCAGGGCCGAGCAGUGCGAGGAGCUCCUCAACUGCUGUGGGGAACUCGGGAGACUGCGUCGAAGCGCGUUGCUCUGCAGUGACGAGAACGCGACGUCGAGGCACCUACGAGCAGUUGUGGGCCUCCAGGCCUCGCUCAUCCGCGAGCAGCAAGAGCAAAUCUACACCAAAGACAGGGAACUAGCGUCAAUUCGGAGGGACAGAGACCAGCUGGAGGCUCGGUUAGAACGAAUGGAGAGACGGCUGGCCGUCCAUCAAAAGAGAAAUACGAUCACCGCUCCCUCAUUUCACGACUCUGAAUCAACACCAACCUCUGCAUCAAGCCCGCAGAGCGUCACCCGGCGACACUCUCGUACAGAGUCCCUCAUUAUGUCAGAGAGACACGUAAGGAGUCGGAGCGCUUCGCUGGAGCGAACUAGAAAUCGUCUGAGGCACCAGCAGCUGUCCAGUACUGCCAGCGCUACACCAGUCUCGCAGGACGAGAGAAAGAGCGCACGGAAACGUCUCAGAAUUGAGGACAGCAGAACCACCACACCAGAGCCUAUUCCUGUGAAAAGAGUACGAAAACCGCCAAAGUUGAUGGAAAUGAGGACUAGCGUGGAGUACGCAGGACUAGGUUUGCUACCGGUGCAAGACGGGCUAGCCCCAUCGCCUAACUGCUAAUCAUAGGGACUUACAGGCAAAGAACACUGACACGUUACUGAAUGACAAACUUUGUGCAGCGUCUGAUGCAUUGUCUAACAGUCGUCUAUCGAGCGAUAACCCAAUAGUAGUUCCCUCGUGGGAAUUGCAUCCGUUGACACCACUGGUAGAUCCGAACGAGGAACCAGCUGCGACAGAACCAGAGGAUAUAUCAGAAGACACGUUUUUACGGAGGCACAAGAAACACGAGGAAGACGAGAAACGGAGAAAACGGUGCGAAAAUCAAACACAAAUACGUAAUGUCUUACGGUGUGUGUUGCGUGCACUGGUAUUAAAGGUGGGACUUGCAAAGAACAAGAACGCUGCUGGAGCAUCAUGAAUUGCUGAAAAAGUACAACAAGAAGAGUGGGAUGGCAGAACCAACAGAAGAAAGAAAAGACAGAAUCACAUCUUUAUUCCCAAAACUAGAAGACAUUGAGGAGAUAGAGAUUUUGCCUACAGUCACUGUCAGUGCAUUUGGCCACCCUUUACCUCUGCUCAAGAGAAGUGAGUUUGAGUUGCCAUGGUUUGACCUGGCCACCAGAGAGGCAAGAGAGAAUGUCAGAACAACAAGAAGCAAAGCUCGCACAUCCACAACCUCUGCAGGGAGCUCAGACGACGUAUGAUAAUGCUCCAAGCCAGCCACCUAGAAGGACCUCAAGUGAUGCAGAAAAGGAAAAAUAAGCAGCUGGCCUCCUUAUCACUGGCAGUUGCUAUCAUAUGACCUGACCCCUCUCUCUCUUGUAACCACUUCCUGUGCCCAUCAUCUACUAGCACACCCUCCAUACAUAUUAUACCAUUGUCUGUGUAUUAUGUGUACAUGCAGCUCUCUCUGGACACAACGUGUACAGUGUUAUUCAGUCACACUUGACACACAACUGGUAUACAGCUAUAUACCAUGAAUAUUGCCAUCUUCCUACUCUACAGCGUCUUCAACUAAUACAUGUUUUACUGGAAACUGUAGCCCCUUUACAUACAC